UGUUCUGUUCACUGAUAUAUCGGAAUCGGAGAAGCCCUUCUUCCAUUUGGGAGCGAAGAAGCGAAAGACGAACGGGGAGUGUGCCGCGGAAGCGAACCAGAAAGUUUCUGCCUCGCCGAUUGGGUUUCUGGAGAGGGAGGCUAUUAGUUUCAUCUUGUUUUGGGUAGAGAGGUGGAGGGGGAUUCUUUAAGGGAGAAAUAUGCUUCAAAUCCGGCUUAGCAAAGUUCCACAGGCGGAAGGUGGCGCUGGAACAGUGAAGCCCUUGCAAGCUGAGACUGUGACGGUCGCAUGCCCUGACCACCUUAUCCUUGCUGAUCUUCCUGUGGCAAAUGGCAUUGGUGCAGCUACUGCUGCUUCCAUUGUUAAGUCUGUUGGUCGCAGAUCUCGCCGUCACCUUGGAGAACGAGUUCAUUUUUGUGUCAGAUGCGAUUUUCCCAUUGCAGUUUAUGGUCGCCUGAGCCCAUGUGAGCAUGUGUUCUGUCUCGAUUGUGCAAGAAGCGAUUCUAUAUGCUACCUUUGUGAUGACCGUAUCCAGAAGAUUCAAACUAUAAAAUUGAUGGAGGGGAUCUUCAUUUGUGCAGCCCCACAUUGUCUCAAGUCUUUUCUUAAGAGGACUGAAUUUGAAUCUCAUAUACAAGAGAGUCAUGCUGACCUUCUUAAGCCAAAUGCAGAGAAGGAAGAUGGAAACGAAAUUGAGGCUCUUAGUGCCAAACAAUCUACAGCUUCUGAAUCCACUGUCCGAGGUCCAUCGAGACCAAUCAUAUCUCCAAGUUCCAAUUCCCUGGCUCAAGAACGUGACGAAAAAUUUCAUCGUCAACAAUCUAGAGACCAACCCACGUCUGGCAUGCAGCAACAAGACAGCGGUGGUCAUUCACAAGGCUUUGAUCGACAUGGUCCUCAUGGCCAUUUUCCCCCACAAAACUUUGACGUACAGGGUACUCCACAUCAGGAAUCCAGUCAAUUUUCAGAGAAACAGCAGGGAAUUCUGGCCGACCCUCCAUAUUCUCAGUACCCUCCUUUGCAAUCAAUUCCGCCACCGAAUUACGUGGUUCCAGCUAACUCAAAUCCAAUGUUGAGUCCCCCUCUACCGUUCGGUUUUCCUCCGUUUCCAACUGAGGGAGCACAACAAUAUUACAGUACACCCUAUGAAGUGCCACGACAAGAUACCGCAGCAGAGACUGGAUCCGAGCAAGGGUCACUGCUAGGCUUUCCACCAGGAGCAGCAGGAGGAAUGAACUUCUCGGCGACUUAUCCUCAACCUUGGAAUACUGGACAAGCUGGCGUUCCUUAUGAGCAUGCUGCUGGAGGUCAAGGAAUGCCUGAUACUUUUGCUAAUGCACCUGAUUCUCAAGUAAAUCAUGGAUUUUACCAAGGAGAUUAUAGACGCAGCCCUGGAGGCUUGCCUGUGAAUUCUUCUGUCUCGUCAAUGGCCAACAAGAGCAUGGACCUGGGGCAUUCUGGUAAUGCCAUGGACUUGAAGAAUGGUAGAGGUAUAUUGGCACCACAGCCGCCUCUAGCACAACUUCCUCUGCCUCCGCCACUCCCACUGUACUUGUCGCAUAAUAAGCGUGGCAAGUUUCAUUCAGGAGAUACGGAUCAUGAUGGGCAAGGCCAUGGAUGGCAGAAUGAUAGCCAUAGCCGAGAUAGCUUUGGAAAUGGCCAAGACUGAUGAUUCUUCCAUCGCAUUCUUUGUUUCUUUUGCCAUAUACUUUCAACCAUUAUUUUGUCCAAAGUUGCAUCUGCCAGCUUGAGAAUGUCUAUAUUUAAACUUGAUGAUCAACGAUAAAGUUUUACUUUCAUUCGACAGGUUCGAGAAUAUUAUAUGCAAUACUGUCGGUAGACAAGAGUUUUACA